AUGCCUCUCUCCCUCGAAACCCUUCAAUUGGUUGGUCAUAGUUUGCAUCAGGUUGCCGACGACAUCGACGCCCUUAUUUUAAUUCAGCUUACCCCACAGCCUUUUUUUGGACUCACCGUCGUCGCCUUCCAAUGGGAUGCCUUCUCCUGCUUACCUUUUAUCUCUAUUUCUUCUCAAUACCUUUUUACUUCCGUUUUUGAUUCCAUGCUUUCAGUUGGUGCUUGUGGGGUUUUGAUUCCAACCAUCUUCUUCCAGGGAUUCCAAUUUUCCACAGCUUCCAAAGUUUUUGAUCAAACUGAAAUUCCUAUUAGACUUAUCUGUUUUGUAUCUCAAACAAUCGAUUCCAAACAGAAACAGAAAAGAAGAAACAAGCGUGCAACCCACUUGAUUGAAGGAGAGUUUCACUAUGCAUCCCAACUGCUCGAUGAAAUGCUUGAACCAGGGUUAUUAUUAGGCUCACAUAUUAUCAUAUGCCACAUUACUCCACCUAUUACCUCCCACUCACCCAAAAGAAUCAACUCUAAUUUUCCCAUUGUAUUGGAGCGUUUGAGCCGUCUUGAUGAAAUUGUGCUUCUGAUGCAUCAGAACUGGAGCAAAACAUCACUCUUAUGUUAA